CGCUCCUCUUAUUGCCCAAUUGAACUGAACCUGAAUCUCACUAUAUCCAUAGAUUUCGAACGAACUUUGGCUUUACGGCUUCCUAUAACAUAUCGCAAGUUAUCCUCCUCCUCGUAUGCGAUGUGCUCGCUGCUGAUUGGGUGCAUGCUAGCAAUCCUUGAUCUUGUUAUUGAAUACGUUCUUACACCUGUGAAAAGAAAAUAUAACUGCGGAGCACUCGGAUGCUUCACCAGCGACACUUUCCGACUUUAUUGGGGAGGUAGCAAUAUGGCAAUGGGUAUCAUUGUUAUCAUAUCAACUGCUUUGGUGGUUGCUAAACUACGAUCAAUGAAGAAAAGUUCAGAAAAUAGCCAGUCAGUUGGAAGGGAGGCGAGUUUGCGCAGCUGGGUAAAAUCCUCAGCUUAUCAAUCG